AUGGAUUCACCACCAAUCGAUUGGGAGCAGGCUUUACAGGAGGGCCGGUCCUUGCACCCGUUACACCGAUGUCGUUAUCCCAUUGUUUCGAGUUUUCGAACAGCCAAAUUAUAUUGGGUUGCCAUUGAUAGUUCAAUAGUCCAUACCCAGGGCGAAUACAUGCAGUGGAUCAAAAAGCUCGCCCCAGAUGCAAACAUCGGCCAGUCUUCCGUUCUGUUCCCGGUCCAUGAGCUCCAGUUAGCCAAAGUUAUCAGCGAGUUCCCUGAUGCUCGUGUGCUGCCAGGAACCAUUGACAACGCCCGGCCACAGAUCUCUUUGCGCACGCUCACUCUGCCAAACACAACUGAAGUCUGUGUCACUCUUUACCUCAAGGUACAGAACCUUGUUCGUACAAUGAGCGAGUGGAGCAUCAUGAUGGGACAACAACUCAGACAGGUUUUACCUGUUAUUGAGGCCGCGUCUGCAGAGUUUGGCGGUUCUUUAAUGAUGGCACGGGAAUACGCAGCUGCGGCCUCACCGAGCCAACAUCUUGGCUGUAUCAUCCGUGAAAGCAGUGAAUCACAAGCUGCUCGGACAGGUGACAGAAUAAUCGUCUGCGCGACAUUAUCCGAGAAUGUGGACGUGAUCUGGGGCGACCGUCCGGACAAGAAAGCAAUUCUACGCGAGUACGCCAGCAAAUUUCUUCGUGCUGUCCUCCCUCCAUUGUUCAAGUAUGGUCUUGGGCUAGCAGUACAUCGCCAAAAUGCUCUUUUACGGCUAGACCCCUUAAGCAAGGAGAUCAAAGGGUUUGUCAUACGGGACCUUGGCUUCAUGAGAGUCCAUCGACCAACGUUUAGGAAGGGAACAUGCUUUGACAUCGAAACUCCCAAAACAAGCAUCUAUACGGAGACAUUGGAAGAGGUAUAUCAGUAUAUGUUUAACCCAGCCAUAAUCGGUCACCUGUCAUCCUUUGUCCGUGCCUUGCAUCCCGGCCUUGCUGGAUGGAAAGUAAUUCGUGAAGAGCUCGAGAGAAUCAUCCCAGAUAAUGACUCAAUCGCGCGGUCUGUCUGGCUGCAAAGCCCGGAAUUCCCGACCAAGGCCAAUAUCACUAUGGAAGUCCAUGGCUAUAGCGGCUUGCACCCUUUUGUCAACGUUUCCAACCCAUUGUAUUACUGCCAACUCAAUGAGGAGCCUGAUCACUCUGUGUCUUAG